UGUAGGAAUCAUAAUUAAUUUCUACAACCGUUCUAUUGUGGUUGCAAUUGUCAUCAAUUGUAUUUAUCUAAAAAUAAAAAAAACCCGAUAACCCGGAUCCGUUUCCGAAAACAACAACAAACCCGGAUCCAUUUCCAACCCGAAAAACCGAACCACACCGAAUUCGUUAGAUCACACUCCAAUUUUCUCUCAGCUUAUGCAAAUCAACAAGGUGAUUGAUCAGGAAAAAUGGAUUCGGUUUCGAUCCGAGUGCCGUACAAAAACUUGAAGCAGGAGGUGGAACUAGUUGGCCUCGACGAAUUGGAGCUGUCGCGCUCCCCGCAGAUCCAUAAAUCAUCGUCCCCCGCCUCGGGCGGCGAAGAUUCGCCGCUGGAUUCUGAUCGGCAUCACGCGCCACCGAAUCAGUGCAGCUUAUUGACGCUGAUCCUCAGUUGUACGGUGGCUGCCGGGGUACAGUUUGGGUGGGCCCUUCAGCUAUCUCUCCUCACUCCUUAUAUUCAGACACUUGGUAUAGGGCAUGAAUUUUCUUCCUUUAUAUGGCUCUGUGGUCCGAUAACCGGCCUUGUGGUUCAACCUUGUGUUGGUAUAUGGAGUGAUAAAUGCACUUCAAAAUACGGUAGACGGAGACCAUUCAUUUUUGUUUGGAUCUCUGAAUGAUCGCUGUCGCUGUACGUCAUAGUAAUCGGGUUUUCUGCAGACAUUGGUUACAUUUUGGGGGAUACAAAAGAGCAUUGCAGUACAUUUAAAGGUACUCGGACCAGGGCAGCUAUUGUCUUUGUAAUUGGGUUUUGGAUGCUGGACCUUGCAAAUAACACUGUGCAGGGUCCAGCGCGAGCUCUGCUUGCUGAUUUAUCAGGUCCCGAUCAAAGAAAUUCAGCAAACGCCAUAUUUUGCUCUUGGAUGGCUGUUGGAAACAUUCUAGGAUUUUCCUCUGGUGCUAGUGGAAAUUGGCACAGAUGGUUUCCUUUUUUGACGAGCAGAGCUUGCUGUGAACCAUGUGGGAAUCUCAAAGCCGCAUUUUUAGUUGCAGUGAUCUUCCUUGCACUUUGUACGCUCGUGACCCUCUACUUUGCAAAGGAAGUACCUUUGAUGCCAAAGCAAUCACACCGUCUAUCAGACUCUGCUCCUCUCUUGGAUGGUCGUCAGCCAAAUGGAUCCGACCUUUCAAAAUCAAAAAUUAAUUCCAAACCCAAUGAAUAUGCAUUGGAAAUCAAGCCCGAGAGGCAUUAUACAACGUAUAAUAGUGACAGGACCGCAGAAGAAACCAAUCAGGAAAACGAUGAUUUCAAUGACAGCCCUGGGGCAGUUUUAGUUAAGUUGCUAACCAGCUUACGCCAUUUACCUCCUGCAAUGCAUUCAGUGCUGGUAGUCAUGGCUUUGACAUGGCUAUCCUGGUUUCCAUUUUUUCUCUUUGACACUGAUUGGAUGGGAAGAGAAGUUUUUCAUGGUGAUCCUAAAGGAGAGGCUGCCGAAAUUGAAGCUUAUAAUCAAGGUGUCAGAGAAGGUGCAUUUGGUUUGCUAUUGAAUUCUGUUGUUCUCGGAAUCACCUCCUUCUUUAUCGAACCUAUGUGUCAGCGGAUUGGAGCUAGACUAGUUUGGGCUACUAGCAAUUUUAUUGUGUUUAUCUGCAUGGCUGGCACUGCUAUUAUUAGCAUGAUAUCCGUAAGACAGUAUUCAGACGGGGUUCAACAUGUCAUUGGUGCAAAUGGAACUACUAAGAUUGCAUCUUUGGUUGUUUUCGCUCUUCUCGGCCUCCCUCUUGCUAUCACUUAUAGUGUACCUUUUUCUGUCACUGCUGAGUUAACCGCUGACUCAGGAGGUGGACAAGGACUGGCGAUUGGAGUUCUAAACCUUGCCAUUGUCAUACCUCAGAUGAUUGUGUCGCUUGGUGCGGGUCCAUGGGAUGCUUUAUUUGGCGGUGGUAACAUACCAGCAUUUGCCUUGGCAUCAGUUUGUGCUUUAGCAGCUGGUGUUAUUGCAGUUCAGAGGCUUCCAAAUCUUGCAAGCAGUUCUUUUAAGUCAACCGGGUUUCAUUUCGGUUGACCAACGAUGAAUCAGCUUCCAAACAUUUCUCGAUAAAAGAUAAACCUGCAGCCUGAGCAUGCACAUAUUACUACUACUACUCUCACAGAGAUGAGAUUCCACACAAUUCGUUCAUUCUUUUACCCUGGACGGGGAAAUAUUAUACGGUAAGUAUUAUUGUAUGUUUUAGUACAUUAAGUAAGCAUAUAUAGCAGGCUGAUAUAGGCCUGAUUUUCGGUAUAGGAAACAAAUGUAGGUCCGAUACAGGUUAAUGUCGAUCUUUUAAUUUUUCUUUUGCAACGUUGUUUAGUCAUUUGUCGUUUCAGGAAACCCCGUUAUGUACCAUAGUCGGAACACAUAAGUGAUCAAUACUCUUGAGAUAUAUUAUGCCUUAUAGCAUGUCUAUGUAAUACUGUUGAAAUACAAAUUUGAUUUUUUA